UAAAGAACAUUAUCACGCGCAUUACAAGGACAAGCGGUGGAUAUAAUUUCGAAAGAUCUUGAAGAGAUGAAUGCCCUGUCACCAUGUUUGCUCUUGGUUCUGACUUCAGUUGUAGACAAUGUGUCGUCUGAUAUGCGCUGCAACAAACGGAUUCGAAAUUCGGAUUUAAGACCAGCAACUCUGGACCACCAUAAGUUAACUGGACGAUGGUAUAAAUGGAUGGAUACGACAAGUAGUACCCCCCACAGCACAUAUUUGGAUUCUAUUCUUCUUCGCAAUGGAACGUCAAUAAAGACUCUACAUGAAUGGCUUCCGGACUCCAGAGAGUGCAGGAUUAAGACAGUGAUACAUAACCCGGUCAGUUUCACGACAUCUGCAGCAGAGACAUCAGUUAUGUUCCAGGUCAGCAGGAUGGCAACAAAUGAGACACUGGGGAUGGUGACAGUCUUGUACUUCUGCGAUGAUCCAAUGGAGGGAAUUCUGAUCAUGCUCCGGCAGAAACUGUCUGGUGAACUCGCUUACCUCGUCUAUACUCGUAAGAAGGAUCCCAUCCCUCUUUAUCACGGUGUCAGGACCGCGUUACAGGCUCUCAGUCUGAAUCCUAAGGACUUUAAGAUUAAAUCUAGAGAUUACGGAUGUGAGCAGAAAGGAAAGCGGCGAAUUAAACUGUAAAUAAAAGUACUUGGGUAUCGGAAGUAAUUGUUAUGACUUUUUACAUUGUGUAUGAUAUAUGUUGGUAUAUUCUUAUCUAUGGUGUACAUUCACUUAAUAUGUUGUAUUAAAAUAAAAUGUUUCC